UACAAAUUAAACUUUAUUUUAGAAAUUGAAAGUGAAAAUGAAAGUGAUAUGAAGGAAGAAUUUGAAAGUGACAAAGAAUCAUCAUCUGAUGAAUCAUUUAGAGAUGAUAAUGAAGAAAUUAAAAAGCCUUCAGUUCCAAAUGAAAAGUCAUCGCCGCCUAAAAGUAUUUUUGAAGGAAUGCCAAAAAUACCAAGAUACUCAGAUAGUGACAGUGCUUCUUCAGAUCUCUUUAGAGACGAAGGAGAAUAUUUGUCUGCUAGUACUGAAACAGAUGAAUUUGUAAAAGAAGGAAAAGUCAAUGAUGAUAUUCAGUCUAUUUCCAAAAAUAGUAUUCGCUCUAUCUCUAAAAAUAGUGUUGAGAUAGAAGAUUCAACUAGAGAUUUGUUUGAAGAUGAUAUGUUUAGUGUGAAUAAAAGUGAAGACAUAUCAUAUAGAAAACCCUCUACUCCUAGCAAAAGUAAUCUGUUUGAUAGUGACACUUUUGAGGAUCCUUUUGGUGGCAUAGUUGUUGAAGAAGAAAAGCCAAAAUUUAAUCCUGAAGAAAGUAAGAAUGUAUCUGAAGUUGCAGAAAAACCUCAUGUAAAAGAAAAAAAAGUGGAUGAUUUUAAAGCUAAACAAAACCUGAUUGCUCGUGAUUUGGGAGGAUUGUUUCAAUCUGAGGAUGAUGAUGAUUUAUUUUCUCCAAAGAAAAUUUUAGAAAAACAAAGAAAGAAUACAAAAACAGAAAGAACUAAAACAAUAUCACUCUUUGAUGAUGAGAGUGAAGAGAAAUUAUUUUCAGAUCCUUCUCCAGUAUCUGCAUCACCAGAAAAAAGUGAUUUAUUUAAAGAAAAGGAAAUAUUUGACAAGCCGCAAAUUUUAGAAAAACAAAUAUCUGUGGAAGAGGAACCUGUAGAGAAACCAAAACAAGAAAAAAUAAAAGCAAAUAGUUUAUUUUUAGAUGAUUCUGAAGAUGAUCUUUUUGGCAUUACAGAAAAAGAAAAAAAAACAUCUCCAUUUGAAUCACUUGAUUCAGAAAAUACAGCAACAAAAUCAAUUUUUACAAAUCCAUCUGUUCCAAAAAAGCCUGAAGAAGUAGAAAAACCAAAACCUGAAAAAGAGGAAAAAUCUGCCAGAAAACCAAGUCUAUUUUCUUUCCUUGAUGAAGAUGAUGAGGAUGAUGAUUUAUUUUCAUUACCUACAAAUGACAAAAAAAGUAAAACUGUGUCAAAUACAGUGAAUAAACCAAGAAGUGGAAGUUCUCUUUUUGAAGAUGAUAGUCUGUUUGGGAAAGAAAGCAGUGAUAGUCCAGAAGUUGAUUUAUUUGCUGUCACACCAAAAUCUAAUGUUAAUGUAAAAAAAGAGAUUCUUGAUUCCCAGAGGAAACUCUCAGAUGCAGCAAGCAGUCCAAGUAAUCCCCUUCCAAAAAUUCCUGUUGGUGGAGUAUCUUUGUUCAGUGGGGUUGAUUUAUUUGGAAAGGAUGGAAUUAAACCUAGUUCUCCAGAAAAAGAACCCAAGAAGAUUUCUCCAACAAAAGAAAUAAAAACAACUCCAGAGAAGGAAAUGAACUUAGAUUUUGCAGAUAAAGAAAUCAAACUAGAGGAAAAAUCAGAAGAAAACAAAAAAUCUCCAAUAAUUUCAAAGAAAGAUGAAACUAAAAUUAAACAAGAACAAAUAUUAAGCUUUGAUCAGCCAGUCAAUACAAGUAAUGUGCUUAGUUGUGUUGGAAAGAAUCGAGCUAAAAUUCAAACACGAAGAAGACCACCUAGUCGAAAAAAUCGUCAGACAACACCUAGCUCUUCAAUUGAUAUUCCAGACAGUGAUCCAGUAGUUGCUCAAACUGAAGUGGAUAAUGUGCCUUUAUUUAGGAAGGAAGAAAAAACUGAACCUGUAGUAAUAAAAAAAGAUGAUGAUCUAUUUUCAUCUUUAGAUGAACAUAAGGAAGUUAAUCUAGAUAUAAGAUCUCCUUCUACUGAAGAGGAUGAUAUAUUUCCAAUGUCAGAUGGAUCACCUCAUAAAACACUUCCUUCUAAAGAAAGCAAGAUAUCUUUUACUGAUAAUUUAUUUUUAGAUUUGAAAGAAGAAAAAACUAAUAAUUUAGUGGAUGAUAUAUUUGGUGACGAUAUUUUUGCUUCUAAACCAAAACCUGUAAAGAAUCAGCAAAUAUUCUCUUUGUCUCCAGAAGAUGAUAUAUUUGCUGAUUCUUCUCUAUCAAAAGAUACUAACAGCUUAUUCAGUUCUUCCUCCAGUAAAAUCCAGAAGAGUAAGAAAGAAGACAGUCUUUUCUCUUCAGAUUCAUUGGAUGAUGACAUCUUUUCAAUACCUGUAAAUAAAGCACCUGCACCUUCUACUAAAAAGCCAUCUACAGUUAAGAAAGUUAAGAUAGAAUCUGACAUAUUUGAAGAUCCACUUUUAAGUUUUGGAAAUUCUGAAGACAAAGAAUGAAAAAUAAAUAAAAUUACAUUCCCAAAAGUACAAAUUUAAUAUAUUAAAAAUAAGACAAAAUAUAUAUAGUUUUCCAGUUUAAUAUUUGUAAAUUAUUAAAAAUAAU